CUUAUGACCUUUUUUGUUUUGGAUAGCUUAAUUGAAUUGAGUUUUUGGUUUGCUUCAACAAAAUUUUUGUGAACCAUUCAUUUUUGGACCGUGAUCGAUAAUGUGGUGGGAAGCAUUACCCGCUUGUGGUGCCAUGUUGGCAUCAAUGUCUCUGCUGGAAAUUUCUCCAUUCGUAUUUCAUUACCUCAGUUGGGGAUGUCCGAUGAUGAGAGAAUCAAAUGGAAUAAUAUCACGUAUGUUAUUACGUCGUGAUCAACGUAUUGCUGAAGACAAUGGUAUUCGAUGGAAUGCCAAACAUAUGUACACAUUUUCAUUUGGUUCAUUGAGUCCCGAAGUGAAAACAAAUGGAAAUUAUAGCCAUUAUUUGGAAGCUGAAAAAAGAAUGUCACAACAACAACAACAACAACAAUGAUGAAUGAAUGAAUUGUUUUUCCGAUGAUGAUUGUUCCUUGUAUAGAUU